GCGCUGGGUGUGGCCAGGAGCCGCUGGGCGGUGUCAGUGUAGAACGGUGACAGACCAGAGGUGGCCGACAGUGGAGAGUGAGAAGACGACGGAGAACAUGACAGAGACUAACGGGUGACGUACAUCGUCCUAUUAUCCUGGCCAGUGCAGCACCAUGAGCGGCCAGAGGGUGGACUGCAAGGUGGUCAUGCUGGGCAAGGAGUCUGUGGGCAAGACCAGCCUGGUGGAGAGAUAUGUCCAUCACCGCUUCCUACAGGGGCCCUACCAGAAUACUAUUGGUGCAGCCUUUGUUGCCAAAUCUAUGAAUGUGGGAGGACGUAAUGUGACACUUGGAAUAUGGGAUACAGCAGGGUCGGAGCGCUAUGAAGCCAUGAGUCGUAUUUAUUACCGGGGAGCCAAAGCUGCAAUUGUUUGCUAUGAUCUCACAGACCCCAGUAGUUUUGAAAGAACAAAGUUUUGGGUGAAUGAGCUGCAGAAUUUUGAAGAGCAUUGUCGGAUUUACAUUUGUGGCACAAAGACCGACCUAAUUGAGAACGACAAGAAUAGGCGACAGGUUGAUUUCCAUGAUGUGCAAGAUUAUGCGGAUGAGAUUAAAGCUCAUCUUUGUGAGACGUCUAGUAAAACGGGAAACAGUGUGGAUGAACUGUUUCAGAAGGUUGCAGAAGACUUUGUGAACUACAGCAGUUUUCAAGUUCAUACAGAACCUAAAGGAGUGGACUUGACACAAAAGAGAGAUGUUACUUCAUAUGCCUGCUGCCAUCACUAGAGGAGAAGCCUGUGGCCUGAACAUCUUCCUUCUCUCAGACUGUCUAUGUGCUACAUUGGUUUUGCUUUUCUUCUUUUCAAUUAUGACAAGGACCUAUGCUCAUUAGUUUAAAGAGGUCAUGCCUGUUUUUUUGGGAAUGAUUACCUUCCAAAGGUAUUCUCUAUACUCAACGUAUGCACAAUAACUGAUCUAGCAUAAAAAUGGCAGCAAGCAUGAAGAAUCUGCUGAAAAGAAGAUGGAUGUGCUUCCCUGGCAUUGUUCCAAAGUAAAAUCCUUUUUUCUCAUAAGUAUUAGCAGGUAAUGAAGGAUUUCACACUGUAAAAGUGGUUCAUAUAAAAACUUAUUUUUGUGAGGAAUGCUUUUUUCCCUCAUCGGAGAGAAAAUAGACUAGUUCUAAAGCCCUAUAAGAAAUCAAGCUGUGGGGAACCUUCCAUUACACACAUUAUCAGCUUGCACUCUUCUGUACAUAAAUGCAAGUAUGUCUGAAA